UGGCUUGUAUACAGAAGUGAUUUUCUGGGCGAUAAAAAUUCUCGUUUGAAUAUGGCUAUUAGUUGUCUUCAAGAGUCGUUGAAGCUGGAUCCUACCUCUGGCAAGAGUUAUUAUUACUUGGGAAGAUGUUUCUCCGUUUUUGGCCGCGCGCACGACGCCUUUGUCGCCUAUCGGCAUUCGAUCGACAAAUCUGAGUCUAGUGCCGAAACCUGGUGCUCCAUUGGAGUACUGUAUCAGCAGCAACAGCAGCCGAUGGACGCACUGCAAGCGUUCGUUUGCGCGAUUCAGUUAGACGAAAAGCUGUACUCGGCGUGGAUCGAUCUCGGUCUGUUGUACGAACACUACUUUCAGUUCAGAGACGCUUUGCAGUGCUACAGAAAGGCCGCCGAACAGAAGCCAGGUAAAUGCCACGCAUGUCUGUUUUUCGCUUUAUGA